UUUCCACAACACUCGAUCGAAUCCACUUACACAAAACAAAAGCUCAGUUUACGUUUUGAAUUCUCUAAACAUGGCGAGAACAAAGCAAACUGCUCGCAAAUCAACAGGAGGAAAAGCACCAAGAAAGCAAUUGGCAACUAAGGCCGCCCGAAAAUCCGCUCCGGCGACCGGAGGUGUGAAGAAGCCACACAGAUUCAGGCCAGGAACUGUUGCCCUAAGAGAAAUCCGUAAAUACCAGAAGAGUACAGAGCUGUUGAUCCGCAAGCUUCCGUUUCAGAGACUUGUUAGAGAAAUAGCUCAAGAUUUCAAGACAGAUUUGAGGUUCCAGAGCAGUGCUGUUGCUGCACUUCAAGAGGCGUCGGAGGCUUAUUUGGUGGGUUUGUUUGAAGAUACUAAUUUGUGUGCGAUUCAUGCUAAGAGGGUUACAAUUAUGCCUAAAGAUAUGCAAUUGGCUAGGAGGAUUAGAGGUGAAAGGGCUUAGAUUUGUGAUAAUGUCUAUUGAUUGAAAAUCAGUCUGGGACUUUUUUGAUUGUAGAAAGUAAUCAGGGCUUUAAAUUCAUAUGUUAUUUUGAUAUGUCCGAACUUCAUUCAAUGUGAAAUAUGGAUGUCUUUGUUCAAAGUUUCAAA